AGCAUACGAUGAGGCUACAACAGAAUUAGUGUGCUCAUGUCAAUGCUUCACAGAGACGGGGAUGCUUUGCUUUCACAUAAUAAGGGUCAUGCACAUGUUCAGCAUAUUUCAAAUACCACAACAAUAUAUCCUUAAGAGAUGGACAAGACUUGCAAAGUCAGCAGUAUGGGAGAAUGUUCAAGACAAGGACCAAAGCCAAAAUGCACAGUUGUGGACGCCAUGGAGACAUGCAAUAACCAAGAAUUUCUACAACCUAGUGUCAAUAUGUCAAUCAAAUGAGGAUGCAAGAACAUUAUGUGACAAGUCGUUGAAGGAAUUAUACAAAUCAGUGAAAGAAGUUUUCAAGACUGAUCAACAAAAACAACAAGAAAUCGAAGAUGAAGAACUACGAAGACAAACAGUUGAAAAUCCUGAGGUGAUAAAGACAAAAGGAAGACCACCAAAGGGAAACAAGAGAGUAAAAGGACAUUUUGAGAAGCGUAAAAUGAAGACAAGGCAUCCGAACGAAUAUGGAACAAAAACCCCAAAUGUACCUCAAGUUGAAUAGUGUUCAAAUAAUAUUAGUUUUCAAUUGUAUUCCACUCAGUAAUUGUAUUGAAAUUUACACUUGUUUAUUCCUAAGCUACUCGAAAUUCAGUAAUAUUAGUAUUUAUUGUCCUUCAGUUAGACUUGUUUAUUUUUCAG